AUGAACUUUGACGAAAUUGAAGAACAAGAUGGUAUUCGUUUCUCCUGGAAUGCUUGGCCAUCUUCACGUACCGAAGCAACCAAAGCAGUUGUACCUAUUGCUUGUUUGUAUACCCCCUUGAAGGAACGCGAAGAUUUCGUAGAGAGCCCAAUCUGGUAUGAACCAGUUACUUGUAAAGCACCUUGCCGAGCCAUUUUGAAUCCAUACUGCCAAAUUGAUGUUCGUGGUAAACUUUGGAUUUGUCCAUUCUGUCUUCAAAGAAACGCGCUUCCACCUCACUACAAGGAUAUUUCAAAUACCAACCUUCCUGCUGAACUUUUACCCAAAUACACCACCAUUGAAUACAACUUGAACCGUGUCGCUCAAAUACCACCCAUCUUUUUAUUCGUUGUUGAUACUUGUCUCGAAGAUGAAGAUCUCAAAGCUCUCAAAGAGUCCUUGAUUGUCAGCCUGAGUUUAUUGCCUGAAUAUGCUUGGGUUGGUUUGAUUACAUUUGGUACUAUGACUCAAGUCCAUGAAUUGGGUUUUGCUGAUUGUCCCAAAUCCUUUGUUUUCCGUGGUACCAAGGAAUAUGCUGCAAAGCAAAUUCAAGAAAUGUUGGGAUUGACCAAUAAUCCUGCUCGUCCUGCUGCAGGUCAACAGCCUAAUCGUCCUGGCCAACCUCCUCAAAUGACCAUGGCUGCCAACAGAUUCUUGCUUCCUGUCAAGGAUUGUGAGUUUGUCUUGACAUCCAUUUUAGAAAACCUCCAACGUGAUCCUUGGCCCGUUGCUGAUGAUAAGCGUCCCGAGAGAUGCACUGGUGUGGCUAUGAGUGUCGCUGUGGGUCUUUUAGAGACUACUUUCCCCAACACAGGUGCCCGCAUGAUGUUGUUCAGUGGUGGUGCUGCCUCCGAAGGACCUGGCAUGGUUGUCAGUAAUGAAUUGAGAGAGCCUAUCCGUUCUCAUCAUGACAUUGAAAAGGAGUCUGCCAAACACUACAAGAAGGCUACCAAGUUUUAUGAAGCACUCGCCAAGAGAGCUGCCGUCAAUGGCCAUACCAUUGAUAUAUUUGCUGGCUGUCUCGAUCAAAUUGGUUUGCUGGAAAUGAGAUCCAUGGUCAACAGCACUGGCGGUUUCAUGAUCUUGGCCGAUUCCUUCAACACUGCCAUUUUCAAGCAAUCCUUCCAACGUAUUUUCCAAAAGGACAGUCAGGGCCACUUACAGAUGGGAUUCAAUGCUACGAUGGAUGUGCAAACCACUCGCGAAUUGAAAGUGUGUGGUAUGAUUGGCCAUGCCGUCUCUGCCAACAAGAAAUCAUCCUAUGUGGGUGAAACUGAGAUUGGUAUUGGCAACACAUCUGCUUGGAAAAUGUGCUCCCUCAACCACGAAACCACCAACGCUGUUUAUUUCGAGGUGGUCAAUCAACCCUCUACUCCCUUCCAGCCUGGCUCCCGUGGUUUGAUUCAGUUUGUCACGCAUUAUCAGCACUCUAGUGGCCAGUUCCGCCUUCGUGUGACUACGGUUGCUCGUAACUUUGCAGAGGGACAAAGCCCUGAAAUCGCCAAUUCAUUCGAUCAGGAAACCUCGGCAGUCUUGAUGUCUCGUAUCGCUGUGUUCAAGGGAGAAAUUGACGAUGGACCUGAUGUAUUGCGUUGGUUGGAUCGCAUGUUGAUCCGUCUCUGUCAACGAUUUGCUGAUUACCGCAAGGACGAUCCUCAUUCCUUCAGACUGUCUGAAAACUUUUCUAUUUACCCCCAAUUUAUGUUCCAUUUGAGACGCUCUCAGUUCCUGCAAGUGUUCAAUAACUCACCCGAUGAGACAGCAUUCUAUCGCCACACACUGAACCGUGAAAACGUCGACUCCUCACUCAUCAUGAUUCAACCUACGCUCACCUCUUAUAGCUUUGACACAGAUCCUCAACCCGUCUUGUUGGAUUCCAUCUCCAUCAAGCCAGAUGCUAUCUUACUACUAGACACCUUCUUCCAUAUUUUGAUUUUCCACGGUGAGACUAUUGCACAAUGGCGUAAGGCUGGCUAUCAAGAUCAAGAGGGUUAUGAGAACUUUAAACAAUUGCUGGAGGCACCUGUCUUGGACGCUCAAGAUUUGCUGAUGGAGAGAUUCCCUGUUCCACGUUACAUUGACUGUGAUCAAGGCGGAUCUCAAGCUCGUUUCUUGCUCUCCAAGCUGAAUCCUUCUACCACGCAUACAUCUGGUAGUCCCUACAGUGCAACUGGAGGUGCUGUUGUCCUGACCGAUGAUGUCAGCUUGCAAGUCUUUAUGGAGCACUUGAAAAAAUUGGCUGUAGCUGGUGCUUCCUAA